UGGUCGACCAUCGAUUUGCAAAGCUUUCACCGCUGAACAGUCGAGCGAAAGUUGCGCAAGCGUUUAAGCGAGCACCACGUACCACACUGAUUUGAGCUGCACUGAUUUGUUUGUAUGUUUAUAGUAGAGUGUCUGGCAUGGGAUACUGCGCAGUAUAAACGCCAAUUUGGGUCCGUUUGGUGCCAUUAGAUAACGCGACAGUUUUGAUGUGCGCAUAGAUCACCGGGACCCUGAAGAGCCUUUCAGUGUGCGAUCAUGUCGGACCGUCCUUUCACCAUAACCGAGUUCGGAGAUUUGCAAACGGACGAAGAGCUGGAGCGAAUGAAAGCCUCUUCCGUGACACAAAUGGAUGAAGCGCUGGAUGCUCCCCUCUCGAGCGAUCCGCUCACUCACUUGCAACAAGAACCAUUUGCCCACAUUAUGCCUUCGCAAAAGUACGAAGGAGACUACGAAGGCGAGCGCCUGGGUUCGGACAGCGAGUUCAUCAACAACGAAAAGCCGCUAAAUUUGGAGCGGAAAACAUGUCUUCCAGGUGGCGAAGGGAAUGCAACUCCGGAUAAUGUCUUCGAACCGCAUAUGAGCGCGGAAUAUGUGGCACAACAUAAAGUGGGAUAUAUGCGUGAUUUUGUGGAAGCUAAUAAUUCUGAUGCAAAACCUAGCGAUGCGCAGGAAGAGCUGUCGAAUGUCGCAACUCCGGAAACGAAGACGGAAAUGUAAUUACGAGAAACUGCAAUAUUUGUGGUGCUGCCACACUCCAAACUAAAAUUCUGUUUCCUGCUCACUAAACUUGUACGAGUACUUGUACAUGCAUUACCAUGGUUAAAGAAUCUUCUAUUAGUGUUAGUGUCUGUUACUAUUAGUAUUAAUAAACCUGUAGAUAAAAUUUAAUUACUGUACAUUAAUCGCAAACUGUACAGUGUACAGCAUACACAAUUGCACAGUGUAUUGUGUUUAUUGGUAUUUUCAGUUCUGUUCGUUUGCUGUAUUGGUGCUUUGUGCAUUUUUUGUAAACGGCUUAUUGUCGUGCUCGGGAUUUCGUUGCUUUUUGUGAUAAUAAUUUUGUUUUGAUGACGACUAUUGCAAAGCGCGUAAAUUGCUUUUCAGCGUACGCUUGUACCGUGCCUUGAAUAUAUCCCUGAUGCAUUUUCACGUCAUUUGUUUUGACAAUUAAA